AUGACAUCAUCGGGAAGUGUUGCGGCCUGUGGCAGCAAGUUUCAUAGCAUAAGCAAUGGGUCCUGCUAAAACGGCUAAAGGCAUCAACUGUAAAUGUAAUUCAGCGCCAUUGCUUGCUCUCGACUCUCAAAUCAAUAGCAACUGACGUCAGAACAAAAGUUGGAAGCAGCAAUCGGCGAAGGGAAGGGGGCAGUACACUUGUAACUUGGCUAGUAGUGUUAUGUAUUCGCGCAAGUGGGUUUGCAAACUGUUUGUGUUUUGUGUUAAACAAAUGUGCAUAACACCUGAUGCGAUGUAAGUUUCGAAUUGUUCGAUUACUUUUGUGCGUGUUUCUCAGUUUUAUAGUGGACUUCGCUGUCUGAUGAUAAUAAGGAGAUAUUAUUAACAUGCCAUAAUAUGGCCUUCACCGGCAUAUAAGUGUUGACAUUGAAGGUUUCUACGCAAAGACUGCAAAAGGCCAGUAGAGGUCAACUAAUCAAAUAUUUAAUUUUCUCCACAUGAAAUGAUCUUCCAUGGAGGAAUAAUGGCAAAAAGCUUGCUUUUUAUCACAGAACCUUGGACAAAGAGAAGACGGCAAGAUAUUUAGGUUCACUGAAUAUUUCACACUUCAAAUUCGAAAAGAACAUUACUGAAACUGAAAGCUCAAGGACAGUUAUAGUUUGCGCAUCUUUACAAAGGCUAUAGCCAGGUUAUUUAUUGGUUCAAAAGGUUACACAAUAUCGGCCAAAAUUGCUACCAUGGGUCGUAAAAAAAUACAGAUAUCGAGAAUAACUGAUGAACGAAAUCGACAGGUAACAUUCAAUAAGCGUAAAUUUGGAGUCAUGAAAAAGGCGUACGAAUUGUCAGUGUUAUGCGAUUGCGAGAUAGCGCUUAUCAUUUUUAGUAGCAGCAACAAACUUUAUCAGUAUGCCAGUACUGACAUGGAUAAAGUGCUUCUCAAAUAUACCGAGUACAAUGAGCCUCACGAAUCACUUACCAACAAGAACAUUAUCGAGGCACUUAAUAAGAAGGAGCACAAGAACGGGGUUAUGAGUCCAGACAGCCCUGAGCCAGAGACGGAGUAUCAAUUGACCCCACGGACCGAAGCCAAAUACAGUAAAAUCGACGAAGAAUUCCAGAUGAUGUUGCAACGAAAUCAAAUGAACGGACAAAGGCAAGUGAAUAUGUCUGCAUCGAACUAUAGUCAACCAGUAUCAGUACCGGUAAAUAUAAGCUAUGGGGAAUCAGGUCUACUCCAAUCUAGUCCACAGAUGGCCCACACAAGCAUAAGUCCAAGGCCCUCUUCCUCGGAGACAGACUCUGUUUACCCAAGUGGCGGUAUGUUAGAAAUGAGCAACGGCUAUCCCAAUUCCGCAUCUCCUAUAGGCGGUUCACCAUCUCCGGGGCCCAGUCCCGGUCCAGGUUUGAGCUCCUCGAAACAGUCACACAGCAGCAAGCAACAUUCACCGGGAUCACGGUCUAACCUGCGAGUCGUUAUACCCACUCAGAUAGGACAAAACUUGUCUUCAGAUGAAGUUUCAUAUGGAGAACAUAAUCGGGCGCAGUCAGCAUUGAACACACCUGUGGUGGCAUUACAGACUCCUGGACUAUCAAGCUACCCUAGUGCACUUUCGUCAUUUGGAGCUCAGGAUUUCAGUAUCGCCCAGGACAUGGGCUUGGGUUCAAUAACCUGGAGCGGGCACCAGAUCCCGACCUCGCUGGCACACAACAGCAGUUUACCUCAUUUGGCGGUAUCCAGUAGUACGCCACCACCAUCUUCGUCACCGUUACCGAUCAAAAUUAAGAGUGAACCCAUAUCCCCGCCUCGCGAACACCACUUGCAUCUAGCAGGAGGUUUGCACCAUCCUCAGGCCCACAGUUUAAAUCUUACUCAAAGUAGCCAUCAUCCACGGCCGAGUUCUGCAGGUCAGUUAACGCCGACACCGGGAAGUGCGACGCCAACAAAUUUGCCAUCACCACCAGGACCACCGAGUAGCGGUGGUGGUGGGGGUGGAGGAAGCGAAUACGAUAAUGGACCGAUGCUCAAGAGGUCACGCAUUGCUGACGGAUGGCCAUCAUAGGCGUGGUAUUGUUCCGAGUGGUUCACCACGCGUUUGUUUUCCAACGUUAACUUUUGUGAUAAACUGAUGAUGAGAUGGUGAGAAUUUGCGCGACUUUUUUUCGUACAUGCAUAUUAAGAAAAAGAAAAGAAAAUUAUGUAUUUGUACCGCGUUUAUAAUAUCAUGACGGUCCUGGAAUAAUAAAUUUUUAUUUGGCUGAAACGAACAAACUGCCAAAAAAGUAGUAAUGAUAGUCGAGUGGUUGGUGUGCGAGCGCGCAUGAGCGAGACUAUUUUUUUUUUCGUUUGAAGAACACAUAACUUUAGUGCCAUCAUUUUUUCUUGUAAUAUUGUUAGUGUCUUUUUUAUAAAUGUUUUUAGAUAAACACAAAUAUUAUUUAUAUUGUACUGUUACAUAAAUAGUAUGAACUUAACCAAUGGACCCUCGAUAGUACUUGGUGCUUUCCUCUGUCUGCCCAAAUGUACUCAUGUACUCUGUCAACUGGCUGUAUCGCGUGGUCGCCCUUGCGCCGCCCAUCCGUGUUAAUUGUACUGCUUCCCGUUGGAACCUAGAGUGUUCAUUGUUGUAGCCUUUUCGAUUUGUUUGUGAUUUUUCAGAGUAUGGUAAUAUGUAUCUAUUCUGUAUAUUACUUAAAAAAAAAGAGUAAAAGAAGUAUAUAUAUUAUUAUACAUUUGUCAAAUAUGAUACAUAUAUUUUAUCUACUGUUGUGUGCACAAACCUUUGCACAUAGAUUUGAAGUUUAAAUUGGGCCUCUCAAAGUCCCAAAGGGCGGACAACCUCCCUUCCACUACACUACUGUAGGAUUGCCUUACUCACAGUGCCUCGACAAUAUGUGUACGUAUCUUACGAUUACCGCACCAUCGAUGUAGCAGUCAUCAUCAAACCCAGUCGUUACCCAUAACUAAAGUUUGGGCCUACAUCGUUCUACCGAAUGCACAAUGCCAAUAACUUUUCCACUUACCAUUUCAAAAAGUUUAUUGAUCAUUUAAUGUAGAUUUUUGUCUUAGAUUUCGUGUUGGCUGUAACAUAUUUGUUAAUGUAAUCGAUUAUGUAUUAAAUUUAACUUUUUUGUAAUGCAUCAAUGGGAAGUGGAAAUGUGGAGUUGGUUCCUUUGGGUAUUCAAUAAAACGUUCACUUUGUCAAUUUCCACAGGGUAUUACAUGCUGGUGUUACGUUCCUUUUCUAAAAUAAUGUAGCCAGCAUGCCCCAGAGCCAUUAUAAUGAUUAGUCGACAGGCAGACGCAGAUUUGAAUGUUAAGUUUGUCUGUAUUCUACUCAUAGAAUAUCUGGGAAAGAUGAUGGGUGUCGCUGCUUGUGCCUUCUUCUUGACCCAAUCCUACCAUGACCCCCCUUUCCUUUUUUGGCUUCCGUGUUUGCACCGUAUCUAUCUUCUUCUAUGUUUUCAUCAGAUGUCUUUGCCGUUGACAUGUCAGUUGAUUCGAUAAUGUUCAUUUCCUUCAAAAAAAUAUUUGAGUCCAAUAGUUGGAUGGAUGUUCUAUCUGGAGGGCGCAGUUGUACAUAUAAAAUAUAUUUUGUUGUGGCUAAAAAGAUGGUUACUGUUUAAAUUGUUGUAAAAAUUUAUGUACCCCUCGGUGUUGCAUCCAUUCAUUUGGGCAUUUUCAGUGAUGUGCAAUAUUAAUCUGAAUAUUAUUUAUCUAUAAAAUGAUGUAUUAAUUUUAAACCAAAUAAAAUUGUUUGUUACAUGGUU